AUGCGUAUCACUCAUUGUGAUAGGCGGGCCUCUGUGUUUGUAGUGGCGGAGUUAGAGCCGUUCGAUGGAUGGGGGGGGGGUUCCUUUUGUGUUACGUUAUCGGAUGGUACGUAUGAUUGUGGCUUAUUCCAAUCUCUCUACUAUUUGUGCCGCCACGCACUAGCUGGGUGCGCCGCCGCUAGCAUUGAGUGGGCCCCAUAUGUGCAUCAAGUGUACAAACAAGAAGCUGUGUUCAAGGUGUAUGAGAUUGAGUUUUUCCCUAUUCCCAACGAGUCGUGGGCGGAGUGGCAUGGGACGAUGCUGCGUCCUAACCCAGUCAUGCGUCGGAAGGCGACUGGAAGGCCCGUGUCCACCAGGUUCCGAAAUGAUAUGGAGGAGACCGAGCGACAUGAGAAGCGAUGUGGCCUCUGCAGGCAAGUCGGUCAUUCAAGAAAGGGAUGUCCUAAUCAGCCCACGGGAGAUGCCUAG